CAUCGUGAACGCAUGCGCUUACCUCAGCUGCGUUGCUACAUUCUUCACGAUAAAUCGUUCAUUGGAAGUUGUAACCGUAUACUGUCGUCUGUGUACUCGCUUGCAUACAUUUUUCCCUGAAAUUUCGUGUUAUCCUUUUUUCCGUCUGACGUGCUUACGCUCGAUUAUAGAUUAUUUUUUUUUACGAGCGAUUCAUAUCAGUUAACGGAUAGAGAGGAUUAUUGAAUUAUUGUACGGUUGGCUGUAUUGCGUACGAAAUAGUACUUUGAAGUACAUAUGACACCAACAAAUCGGUUUCUGACGUUACGUCAAAUAUUAUAUUGGAUUUGUAACAAUGUGUCAUGAGUUGUCUAGGAUUGUUAAAUACUUAAACAUACUUACAUGAUUUAAGAAGUUUACACAACCGUUAUAUCAUAAUUCAAUGUCAAUAUACUGUUGAUAGUUUUCUUGUACAUCAGAACUGUGUAUAGUAACAUUGGAAAAAUGGCACUUGUGCACAUUGAAGACAGUGACCCUUGGUUAGUGGAGUACGAUGCCUGCGAGAAACUCUUUAGGGAUAUCAUGGAACAACUCACGGCACGUAAUAAACACCCAAAGGCUUCACAAACAUACGCAAGCUUAUCUGUAAAUGUACGAAUACUUUUGAAACAAUACAAUAGAGAAGUUCAACAACUUAAGAAUAAAGUGGAUGAUGCAUCAAGAUCCAAAACUAUAACUAUUGAGGAAGCAGAACGGAGAAUGCGUCAGAUAGAAGUAUUACAAAGUAGAGAUGUACAAUUGCAGAAGCUGUAUAACGCUCGUGCAGAUAAUUAUGCAUCUUCUCGUACCAGUUUAUUUACGUCCAAAGCAUCUGCAUUUGCAGAUGGUGGUACUACCUCUUGGGCAGCUGACGACGAUGAUGAAAAGCUUAUAGAUGUUCAAGUAUCUGUUGAAGAUAUUAGAUCUCAACAGGAGAGAGUUUUACAAGAGCAAGACAAAGGAUUAGAAGAAUUAUGUAAAGUUAUUGCAAGACAAAAAGAAAUUGGUCAAAACAUCAGUAAUGAAGUAGAUCAUCAGAGUGAAAUAAUCGAUAGUUUAGCUGAUCAUAUGGAUAGAACUGAUGAGUCGUUAGUUAAUAAAACGCGCCAAGUACAAAGUAUCAGCUUUAAAGAUCGCGCGUGCGGCUAUUGGAUAGUAAUAAUUAUCCUGUUUAUUUGCAUCGUUAUAGUCUCUUUGGUUUAACUAAGAGGAAUAUAUUUAUGAAUUAAAGAAAUUCCACUGUUUCUAAGCUUUAACGUGCAUUUGAAUUGUAAAAACUUUUAAACAUGUAAAUGAAUAUUUUGUAAAUACAUGUAAAAACCUUUUACAAUUAGUGCAUUUUUUUUAUUCUUUCAAAUAUUCACUAGCUUAAAAACGUUAUUUGUGAUUUAGGAUCAGUACCGUGAAUGUACCAUAAAGAAUUAUUGUAAAUAACUGAAUACUGUAAAUAAGU